GUCGUCGCGAAUGAGAAUGGAGAACAGCGAUACCCAGCCGCACCUGCCGGCGGGUCUUCCCCCACUGCCAAAAAGCCUAAGCGCCGCCGCGGCUGCUUCCUCGGUUGCUUCUCCGCCUGUUGCCCCACUGAUGAUGCCACGCACUGCCUCGCCGGCUUCCGUCAGUGUGGCCGCUCUGACCGCAGCUGCCGGUGAACUCUAUCUGGGCCCCUCCACCUCAUCCCAGGCGGCCAGGAAUCGCAGCUACAAUGGACACGGCCACAGCCAGCGGCACGGCAGUCUGUCGUCCACGCAAGAGUCGCUCAGCGACAGGGAGUCUGUGCACAGUCGUGCCUCCUCCACACACAGCGCGGGAGCCGCACAUACGCCCACCAACAGCUCGAGCAGCACCGGCGCCACCUCGUCGACCAUCGACAACCAGUUGGCCAUCUUACGGCGGGAGAUGUACGGCCUGAGGCAGUUGGAUCUGUCGCUGUUGUCGCAGCUGUGGGCGUUGAAUGUCAUACAGGGAUUCCGGGUUUUCCUGCAGGAGCAGGAUGCCAUGUCGCCGCCUUCGAGGUCACGCACGCCAUCGGAUGCUAAUUCAUUGUCCUCCGACGAAGAGGACGAUGGCUGCUAUGCGCCAGUGGCGUUGCCCAAGAUGACGGAUGCCUCAGGGGGAGGUGGAAGUGUAGGUGUGGUUAAUUCCAGAGCCAUGGCCUCGCCGGCAGCCAGCGGUGGACUGCCCACCAAAUUGGCCACAGGAUCGACCACAUCUCAUGCCUCGACUAGCUCCACUUCAGGGGCUUCCGGUUCCUCCUCGGCUGCCUCGUCUAUGGGCAAACACCAGCAAAUGCAACAGCAGCAACAAUUGCAACAACAGCAGCAGCAGCAGGCAUCUCUUUAUCAUCAAAGGCCGGCGCCACCUCCAGCACCACCAGCCCAGCACAAGGCGCAUCCGCAACUGCCAAGGAUACUGCAGCAACGCAUGAGACAGGCACCACCACCGCCGCCUCCCACACGGCCCAAGGGGGGAAGUAGUGGUGGCGGCGGCGGCGGCGGAGGUGGUGCAAGCACCAGCAGCAGCAACCAUAGUAUCAGUAGCAGCGUAACGCAGUCUCAUCAGCAUCAACAACAACAACAUCCCCAUCCGCAUGCCCACCAUUCGCGACCCGUAUGACAAAACCCGUUCUUGGACUAAGCAAAAGGUCCAAGAACAUAAGCAGCCGCUGCCAACACUUCGGAAAGGGUCAAUUAAGCGACAUUUCUCCAAGAGUCAAUUCAAAUUCAAGUGCAGAACGAACACACACCACACACACACAUACACAAUCCACCACCAACU